AUGUCCGGUCAAAACAACGGUCUCCUCGGUGGCUUAGGCGACACCCUAGGCAAGACAGUCGGUGGCGUCACCAACACACUAGGUGGUACAAUUGGUGGCCUCGGCAGCACUGUUGGUAAUGCCACUCAAGGUCUCGGACAGACUGUAUCUGGCACAACUGAAGGUCUUGGUAAUACUACGAAGAGUGCUGGAGAUGGUUUGCAAAAUGGGAUUCAGAGUGUGGGUGGGCAGAAGCAGACUGCUGACAACCCGCUUGGACUUAGCAGGUAG